CAGGCACUUCCAAGGGUGCAGGAGCCAGGCGGCCCUCUCCAGCCGCGAUCUGGCGGUUUAGCUGGGCGCGCGGCCGCGGGGCCAGAGAAUCCCAGGUCGGAAUUGGUGUCCGGGUGGGCAACAGACGCGGAAUCGGGGAGAAGCACGAGCGGAGGAGGAAGAGUCCAGUGAGCUCGAGCCUGAGAGAAGUAGUGCAGAGCCUUGGGGCCGAGCGGAUUUCGCUCCACGCGUCCCGCACACGGCCUGCGCGCCCAGCUAAACCGCCGACCCGGGAUCCCGGAGCGCCGCGGCCGGAGCGAGCCGAGUCGGGGCGUCCUCACGGCGGGGGCGCAGCGGCCCCCAGCACCGCGCCUCUAGCCCAGCGCCACCAGCCCCCUGGGCAGAGGCAGAAAAGGGUCUCCUUUCCAGCCGAGCAUAGGGAUCUGCGGCCAUGGCUGAGGCCGCCGAGCCAGAGGGGAGGGCCCCGACGCCCCCGGAGACGCGCGAGGGUCGGGCGCUUCUGGAGGAGAAACCCGAGGAGACCCCAGCCGCAGGCCCGAAGGCGGAGGGGGAGGAGGCGGGCGAGGGCGAGCGCGAGGGGGAGGGCGCAGCCGCGACGGCCGCGGAUCUGAUGCAGGAAGGAGACGCGGGGCAGGACGCAGAGCGCGCGGAGGAGCCGACCGAGGGCGCGGGCAGGGGUUCGGGGAUCCAGACCCCAGGAGAGAGGGGCGCGGAAGGCGAGGCCCAGGCCGAGGAGGGCGCCCUGGGCGGUACGCCGGAGGGCACCGAGGGCCCCCAGGGAGGGGAGGGCGAGGCCCAGGAGGAGGUGCAGGAGGAGGCCCGGGAGCCCUGGGCCUCCGAGGCGGAGCAAAAGGCGGAGGGCGAGCCCCAGGCGUGGAGAGGCAGCGCUCCUGGGGAGCCGGAGGCCGGCAUGGACGCCGAGGGGCUAGCGAGGGACCACGUAGACGCUGAGGGCCCGGCGGGGGACGGCGAGGUCGUCGAGGGCCUGGUGGGAGAGGCACACGGGGCCGCGGGCGAGCCCCCGAAUGAAAUGGACCUCAGUCCCCAGCCCCAGGCAGAGGCGAUUGAGGCCGCGGCAGCGGAGAGUGGAGAGCACAGCCCCGGGGAGCGCGCGGGGGAGACUCAGGGCGCGGUAGUGGGCGCCGUGGAGGAGACGGGGGUCCCGGGGGGCGAAGGAGAAGAGUCCGGGGAAGCGACCCCCGGGGGUGCGAGGACAGAUGCUGGCGAACACGGGGACCGGAUUGGGCCCGUGGAGGAGCUGCGGGAGGAGGAGGAGGAGGAAGAGGAGGAUAGGCGAGAAAGGGGUCCGGCGGGGCCGAGCGAGGAAGGGGCAGCCGGGGUCGAGAAGGAGCCCCCCGACAGCAGCCCCGACCGGGAGGCGGCCGCGGAGCCAGAGGCCGAACUCAGCAACCACCUGGCGCAGGAGGGCAGCGCCGAGGGCGGAGACGAGGCGGCGCGAGUGAACGGCGGCGGGGAGGACGGCGAGGCGUCCGAGGAGGGGGCUCCCGGGCAGGAGCACGACAUCACCCUCUUCGUCAAGGCUGGUUAUGAUGGCGAGAGUAUUGGAAAUUGCCCAUUUUCUCAACGUCUGUUUAUGAUUCUCUGGCUAAAGGGCGUUAUCUUCAAUGUGACAACAGUGGACUUGAAAAGGAAACCUGCCGACCUGCAGAACCUGGCUCCUGGAACAAACCCUCCUUUUAUGACUUUUGAUGGUGAAGUCAAGACGGAUGUGAAUAAGAUCGAGGAGUUCUUAGAGGAGAAAUUAGCUCCCCCAAGGUACCCUAAGCUGGGGACCCAACACCCCGAUUCUAACUCUGCAGGAAAUGAUGUGUUUGCCAAAUUCUCGGCAUUUAUAAAAAACACCAAGAAGGAUGCAAAUGACAUUUAUGAAAAAAACUUGCUAAAAGCCCUGAAGAAGCUGGACAAUUAUCUAAAUAGUCCUCUACCUGAUGAAAUAGAUGCUUACAGCACUGAGGACAUUACUGUUUCUGGAAGGAAGUUUCUGGAUGGGGAUGAGCUCACGUUAGCAGACUGUAACCUCUUACCCAAGCUUCACAUUAUUAAGAUCGUGGCCAAGAAAUACAGAGAUUUCGAACUGCCUGCUGGCAUGACUGGUGUCUGGCGAUACCUGAACAAUGCCUAUGCCAGGGACGAGUUCACAAACACGUGCCCAGCGGACCAGGAGAUCGAACGUGCAUAUUCAGAUGUCGCAAAAAGAAUGAAGUGAAGCCAGGGUGGUCUCUGGGUUCUUUCCGAGUGGAGUGAGCUAGGCUACAAAAAAGUGUGUGUCCUAUGCAGUUCACCCCGGGACCAUCUUAUGAAAAAUCAGGUUUCUGGAGGGAACUGCUCAGUGCCACCUGAUCUGUGGCUUUGUAAUUUAUCAACCCAGUUGUUUGUCUGAAUAUACCAGGUGUGUCUUGCUAGACAUACCCGAUUGCCCUGUUCAUGUUAGUUUAUGUCUUUGACAUUCACUGACAUUAUAAUCUAUGAUAUUUAGGGCAGGAGUUUGGCAGUUUAAGUUCCAAAGCAAAUUAGAUUGUGCUUUGAUUCCUUCUUUGCCUGCGAUAACUAGCUUUCAUAAUCACCUAGUUGUUUUUCUCUUCUAAAAGAUUAGUUUAAAUUUCUUUUUCAAAAUGAAAAUGACAUUGCUCUUUUUGUUAUUACAAAAUUAUAUGUGCCUAUUUUAAUAUUUUAAAACAAUGUAGGAGAGCAUAAAGAAGGAAGUAAAAGCAAAUCACCUAAAAUUUCACUACACUUAGAUAACAACUGAUGCCUUAUUGGUGAAAGUCCUUCCAAAUUUCCAACCUCUCUCUGGAACACUCACACUCACACUCACACCGUGUACAAUUUUACAUUCACCUAUGGGAUCAUGUUACUUCAUUUAAAGGACUGGUAAUGCCUUGGUGAUCAGCCAUAGAGGACUUAAAGCAAACAAAAUGAUUCAGCACUCCAGAGCUAGAAGAGGGUAUUUGAGGUUUCUCAGAGUUGGAAAACCGAAGAGCCCACAGACCCGCAGACACCAACAGGAACCAGAAGUGUGGGUCCCUGACUCCACAUUUCCACAUCGUCCCUGCCUCCAUGAGGCAGCUGCCUCUGACUCCAGGAACGAGACGGAGGAGAGCGGUUGUGUCUUUGGUUCCUUCUUUUCUCUACCUUCUCUUUUUCCACUUCCCAGAGUCCAUGCCUUCAGAAAGACUCCAAAUAUAAGCUGCAGGUUGGAGAAUCCUCCUGCCCUGUGUUGAACUGUGACUCAAACCCACUUUAAUUCCUUCCAGUGACCACUCUCUCUAAGGCCCAAUGUUCAGUUGGCGGUGGGAUGACGCACAGUGGGGCUCGCCUGGUGUUCUAGUCUUGAUUAGAGGUCAGGCAGGGAAAAUCUGGAGAUUAGAUUCAUGGUGACUACUGUUGGGCAGUUCUGGUAAAAGGUCAAGUUGGAGAGGAAGUGGAAACUAUGAACUCAAAAGAGUUUCUGGUUUAUCUGUGGCUUUGCCCACACCGUCCCUGUAAUCAAGCUCUGCUCGUCAACUUCAUCUGUGGGCUGGGCUGCUGGGUGGCAACCCAAAGCCUGGGAGAGAAGACGUGGGGCUAUUCAGAUACUCAUCGAGACCUCCCAGCACCCGAGCGCUAUCCAUCUAUCAGCCAUUGUUCCUGUGACAUCCACACAUGUCGUACAGAAAGCCCUGUAUGUAGAGAUAGCUGCAGCGUGUGGUUGCCACUGAAAGCCUCAUUUUUCAUGGAUUCAUCAGCUCUCUGGGUGAUUCAUUUGGAAGAGAGUGAAAUGCAUUAAUGAAUUAUCCUGAGAUUUGACGAGAAAUAUCUAGUAUGGGAAACAAAGUCCUUACUACGUGGCCCUUUUUUCUCCGCCUCGUGUGUGCUGUGGUUUUAGCCGGGGAUGGCCGCCCAGAGGUCAGCUUCACUCACCAGGCAUUUUUGGAGGCUGUUCCCGGCCUGUGUUGCUAAUGCUGAUGUCUCCCAUCUUUGUAGCAUGCAGAUUUUUAAAUUUAGCUUUAGAAUGUUCCACUUCAACCUAGCAAAUGAGUAGGCCACCCGAUGCUACCAGUGCUACCUUGGUAAUUUUUAGUCGUUAAAAUGAUCUCUACGAACCCCAUGUGCCUUAAAAACUAAACAAAUUAUAAAAAUGUUCAAAUGGAA